AUGGCGGACGCGCCGCGCCCCCCGCGCGCGCGCACGCCGCUCGGCGACGCGUCGAACCGCGGCGCCGGCGGGCUGCGGGACUGGGGCGCGGCGGCGGCGAAGAAGAAGGCGCCGCGCGCCCAGUCGACGCACCCCAUCGUGUCGCGCCUGCCGCCGUCGCCGGCGGAGCGGGCGGCGCAGGAACCCAGCCCCGCGCGGCGGCGGGCGCCGAGCAUGCCGCCGCGGGCCGCGCCGAACGUCGAGGUGCGCAAGCUCACGGCGUACGCGGCGUACACGCGCAUGCACAUGCUCAAGAACAAGAUGCGCAACGAGGAGGCCAUGGAGCAGCUCCUGCGGCACAUGAGCGCCGCCGAGGACGUCGAGCUGCCCGAGGUCGACCGCGCGCCCGCGGCGCCCGAGGCGCCCGCGUCGCCCGAGGCGCCGCGGCCGCCGCGGAGCCCGGCGACGCCGGAGGCCGAGGCCGAGGACGAUGAAGAGGCCGAGGCCGAGGACGAUGAAGAGGCCGAGGCCGAGGCCGACGACGACGACGACGACGACGUCGUCGAGGCGCCGGAGCCGGCGUCGCCGCCCUUCAGCCCCGAGGCGGCGAGCCGCGACGACCUCGACAUGUCGGACCUCGAGCUCGAGCAGUCGCCGAGGCGGCAGCCCGCGCGCGCGUUCGGCGGCGCGGCGCCCGUGGCCCGGCCCGUGCAGACGGCCGUGCGCCUCAGCGCCUACGAGGCGACGCUCGCGCGGCCGGAGAUCAUGGACAAGUUCCUGCGGCUCCAGUCCGACCUCUUCGCGAAGCGCGCCGCGCGGCCGGACCUCUGCGCGGGGGGCGACGUCGAGGACCCGCGGCCGUCGCCGGGCCGGCGCGGCCGCGCGGGGCGGGACCUCGCGGACGGCGACGCGGUCGGCGCGGUGCGCCGCGGCCUCGAGCGCUUCGCGCCGUACCUCUUCUCGCGCGCGGCCGGCGCCGCGGGCCGCGCGGCGCGGGCGCCGCCCCGCGGCGACGUCUACGGCUCCGCCGUCGACGCCGACUCGUCCGCGCCGGAGGCCGCCGUCUGGUGCCCCCACGAGGCCAACGACGUCGACCAGCCCUCGCCGCCGAAGCCGCCGCGGUGCGACUACGACGACGCCUGCGUCGCGGAGUGGGCCGACGCCUACGCGCCCAAGCCACUUCGCCGCCGUCACUGGCUGUCUUCCACACAUGGCUGCUCGUACUUCCGACGAUCGCGGCCCAUGAUCCAGGCGGAGCCGAGCGCCUACGGGAGCUUCGACAGCGCGACGCAGGGCGGCGUCAUCCUCGACGGCGGCGGCCCGCUGCCCCGGAAUUCCAAGGCGCUCGUCGUCGACGCGGCGCGCAUCUCGGGCCGCGUGCUCUGGUUCGACGCGCGCAAGAACUACGGCGCCAUCCAGCCGGACCGGCCGCUGCCGGGCUGCGACGGCGGCGACGGCGGCGCGCCGUACGUCUUCGUCCACGGCAACGACGUCGAGGCCGGCGGCGGGCCCGGCGCCGCGCUGCGGACGAACGACGCCGUCGAGUUCUGCCGCGGCACGUGCCCGCGCGGCCGCGCCAAGGCCGCGCACGUGACCGUCGUCGCGACCGCGCCGCCCUACUACGGCCCGCCGCGAGCACCGCCGGCGCCCGGAGACGCGCGCGCGCGCGCGCACCGUCGGACGCCUAGGUCGCCGCCGCCGCGGUGGCCCCAGCCCUACUACGGGUCGCCCUACGCGCCGCCGGCCUACGGCCGCUACGGGUCGCCGCGGCCGCCGGGCGCCGCGGCGCCGCCGGCGCGGCUGCUGGGCCGCGUCAAGUGGUUCGACGUCGAGCGGAAGCAGUACGGCUUCCUGGCGCCGGCGGACCACGGCCCGGACCUCUUCGUCCACGCGGGCGACGUCGUCGGCUGCGCGCGGCGCCUCGCGCCGGGCGACGCCGUCGAGUUCGCCUACGGCAUCCAGGCGCAGAGCGGGCGGCCCAAGGCGCUCGACGUCGUGCGCCUCGUGCCCGCGGCGGACGGGCCGGAGGACGGCGACGGCCGAGGCGCCCUCGGCGCCUUCGCGGCGGGCGACGAGCCCCUCUUCGACGGGCGGCGGUUGGCCGGCGUCGUCGUCCGCUUCGACGCGCAGCACCGCUGGGGCUUCAUCCGGCCCGACGACCCGGCGUGCCAGCCCGAGGCCGGCGGCGAGAACUUCUUCCUCCACGGCCUCGACGUCCUCGACGGCGGCGGGCCCGUGGUCGCGGGCCAGGCCGUCGAGUUCGCCGUCGUCCGGUCCGCGGCGCGGCGCUGCAAGGCCGUCCACUGCGUCCGCCUCGAGCCGCCGCCGCCGGGCUACGGCGACGAGUCCGACGCUUCCGGCUCCGACGGCGCGACCCCGCUCCCCUACUAA